AGUGGUCGCCCGCGUGUUGCCCGCGUGGUGUCGUGGGGAGACUGGGUGGAGGAGGCUGUUGGAAGGGCCCGUGUUGGCGUGAGCUGACGGUGGCCGCCGCUACAAGUACAGUCGCUGAGCGACACUACAGCGACUCUGGUGUAACCAGUCCGCGACUGUGAGCAGACCUCGGCGUGCUAUGCGGUCCAGCCGCCUCUCACCGCACGUCUGACCGUCUUUCCUGCCCCACCAUGACUCUGAAGCUGGUGCGGACGGCUCCGGCCCGGAUCGAGCGGCGGCGCGUACCCGGCCCUCCGGCGGCCGUUUGUGUGCCCCUGCUCUGCCUGCUGGCGCUCAGCUCGCUGGCAGUGAUGGUCACCCUCAGUCGGCAUCAGGAGGGCCCGGCCGCGCCGCCGCCGCCGCCGCUGCCGGCCGGCCGCAGCCGCCUCUACCCCCGCAACGGCUCGCUGCCCGGGCUGGGGACGUUCCACUACGUCAUCAACACAGACGCAUGCACCGCGGACGAGGAGGUGACCAUGCUGAUCGUGGUGACCUCUCACGAGGGUAACCAGCGGCUGCGGUCGGCCUGGCGACGUCUGCUGCCUACCGAGGAGCUGGGGAGACUCGGCGCGCGGCGUGUGUUCCUGCUCGGCCGGCCGUCUCAGCAGGAGGGCUACACGAGCGUCAACGAGAGUCUGGUGGAGUUGGAGAGCAGCCAGCACGGUGACAUCGUGCAGGGAGACUUCAGCGAGAGCUACCGAAACCUGACGCUCAAGCACCUGAUGGGCCUGCGCUGGGCGGCCGACUACUGUCCGCAGGCGCGCUAUGUGGUCAAAAUGGACGAUGAUAUCGCCGUGGAUGUGUAUCAGCUGCACGAUAAACUAACCGAGCGCUAUGCGCCGCGCGACCUGCUGCUCGGUCUCAUUCACUACGACAUGCAGCCAGUGCGCGACCCGGCCAGCAAGUGGUACGUGCCGACGGCCGAGUACCCGGGAGAGUUCUACCGGCCGUUCCUCUCCGGGUGGAUGUACGUCGUCUCCCAGGAUGUGAUCACUCGCCUACUGGCCGCCGCUGAGCGCCGAACAAACUUCUGGAUCGACGAUGUGCAUGUGACGGGCACGCUGGCGAGUGAUGCGGGUGUGAGGCUGAGCAGUCUCAACGCGUACUACACACCUCACGCGACGCAUCUCGAGUGUUGCGCUCGUACGGAGGACCUCCUGUGUGACUACCUGGUGGGUCCGGCCGGUGGUGACGAGGCGCUGUUGUCGGACUUUCUGAGCCAGGCGCGCGGCUGCUGGCGGGCCGGCUGUAUGCGCAGGAAGCCGGAGGUGUCUGUGGCUCGGACCUGUGUGGGCACGGACAAGUACCGGCACCGAGAGCUGGGCCAAGGCACGGCAGAGGUGGUGGCCGUGAGCUGGGGUGCCAGCUGACCGCUGGGUGGACGGCGGAGGGGCAGGGGCGGGGGACAGUGCGUGGUGAGAGGAGAACUCAGUGGGUGAGUGGACUGCAGGACUGAGCUCUGAGCGGCGAUGGCCGUGGCGUGAAUUAGUGAAGAACUGGUGAAAGACGUCAGUCAGAAGAAUCAGUAAGAUCGUGAUCGGUGGCUGAUGCAGGCAGCAGAGUGGCUUAUAUUCAGCUACAGUGCUACACCUUUGACUCGUCGCUUCUACGCACGGCUCGUUUUGCUGAUGGAUUGCUGACUACCAGGGAUGGUUCAAGAUUGCCAUAUGCACAUCAGCUCUUUCAUUGUGAUCAUAGGGUUAUGUCGCUUAUUAAUAUUAUUUGCAAAUUAUCAUGAUCAUUUAACUGCAGCUGUAUAUUACUUACUCGACUCUUGUAGAUAUUACGUUUAUUCGGGCAGUGGGCCGCCUGUGCCGCCCUCUAUGCUCGCACUGUGUUUCGCCGUUUCUCCGUCGGGUGAUCGCACCAUGGUUCGCUGUAACCGCCCGAGCUCGUGUUGGCGGCUCUCAUGUGAUUGGCGUCUAGUCGGACGGGAUCUGGCGCGUCUGUGUUCGUUUGCCAUUGGCUUAUGGCCGAAAUAAGACGCCAAUACACGUUCUCUACGUUCUA